GGUAGAUUGCGCCAGAAGCGGCUGUGUUCUGGUAGAGCAAGGUACUGUAUACUUCCUGGCGGUUUUAUCUCAGAGAUUUAGGGUUCGCCUGCACUAACUUUCAACGCAUAUCUGAGAUAUGACGUCCCCUCCUUGUGGGUAUAGAUACUUUCAAGAGUACCUGCACCUGAUCUCCAACUCCCCUCCUGUGGCAUAACCGUACCUACUAUUCUUCAACACCAACCGAUUGCUACUCUCUGCUCCUCGUUCCCGAUGUUCACUUAGGUUGUCUCUCUCUUGUUCACUCCAAAUACGAAACUUCCUUUUGAUCAACCCAAGGCUCCAUCGUAGUAGCAUCAGACGACCGGCCUGUUCGCUUUGAAAUAUUGACCCCGCCGGCAAAGAUCGGCUUCUGCCACUAAUUGUUUCUUGAGGCUCACUCACCCUUGUUGAAGAUCCAUCACACUCAACGAUCGAGGCUGUUGAGGGCUUCGCCAGAAAUAGGGCGCGGCAGUCCUCUUUUUCUCGCUCUACCGCCAGUAGGACUGUGUUUAUCUAAACCCAACGAAAGCCUGAAGAGUCUCUAUACUCCCAAGUUACCGCCAACCGUCGUUUUGGCUGAGCCUCAAAGUCUUCAGUUCCUCUCAAAAAUCUUGCCCUACAAGCAUCUUGUAUAGGCAUCGCCGACGAGAGACAAGAUGGAUACUCUUCUAACCGCCGAGAUUGCGGCCAAUGCCCCUCGGUACCGUCGCAAGAGCUCUACAUUUAUUGAUGCCAUUCAUGACAUUCCUCAUGGCCAAGACUUGGCCCCGGCUCAGCUCUACAGUACCAUGUCUGGCCGAUUGUUUCACUCUGGCCGCAUUGCAAUUGUCAUGGUAGGACCGCCUGCACGUGGGAAAACACACAUAUGUGUUUCCAUGGCACGUUAUUUAGGAUGGCUUGGCGUGAAAUCUCGUAUCUUUCACCUUGGCGACUACCGUCGAGCAACUGUUGGUCCUGAUGGAUCUAUUCCCGAUGACUAUUUCUUCCCCAACGCAUCGCCUGCCUCUGUCAUUCUGCGCCAGAAAAUACUGAAGAAAUGCCGUGAGGACAUAUACUCCUGGCUGAAUCACGACAAUGGGCAAGUCGCCAUUUACGAUGCAGUGAACCCUACUGCCAAUGGACGGCGUUCACUGGCCAAGGAAUUUGCAAAGCACGAUGUUCAAACUCUUUUCAUCGAGUCAUUUGUCGAUGAUGAACGCAUCCUUCGUGAGAAUGCGAGAAAUGUCAAGAUCUCGUCCCCUGACUUCGCUGGUAUGGAACCUGAUGAAGCCGCUAAGCUAUACCUUCAGAGAAUUGAGAUGAAGAUUCCCGUAUUUGAAACCAUGAAUGAGAAGGAGCUCAACUACAUCAAGAUGAUCAACGCCGGGGAAAAGUUCUUCUACAACAACGUCAGCUUCAAUUAUCUUGCCCACCGAAUCGUCUUCUACCUCACCAACCUGCAUAUCAAAUCACGGAAGACCUUCUUUGCCCGGGCUGGUACCACAGCAGAAGAAGACUCUUAUAAGGCCGAUGCCCCUCUGUCCCAAGAGGGGAGAGAUUAUGCCCAAAAAAUGUCCGAGGCUCUUUUGAAGCAUCGAGAGCAGGAACGCCUGACAACCAUCGAGGAAGGGGGUCCAGAUGUGCCUCUGCCGCCACUCACAGUUUGGACAUCGACUCGUAUGCGUACGGUGCAAACUUCUGACGUCCUGAAGGAGAAAGGCUACAAGGUCCGUCAGCGAACACAACUCAGUCAAAUCAAUCCAGGCGUAUGCGAGAAGAUGUCAGAGCGUAUGAUUCGCCAGAUCUACCCCGAUGAGGUCGAAAAGCACGAAUUAGACCCUUACCACCACCGGUAUCCGCGUGCAGAGUCAUACCAUGAUCUGGCUGUCCGCCUGGAGCCCAUCAUUCUCGAACUCGAGCGAGAACAGCACGACCUUCUCAUCAUUGCCCACGAAUCUGUGCUUCGAGUUCUCUACGCUUAUUUAAUGCACUGCUCUACCACUGACAUCCCAGUCAUCAAUUUUCCACGCGACGAGAUCAUCGAGAUCAUCCCAGCAGCAUAUCAAAAUGAGGCCAAGCGUAUACAUAUUCCUGGCCUGGAUCCCCAGAUCGUCCCCGGGUCACCUCAAGACAUCAAAAUUCCUGUUCCUAGCAGCGGAGUUGUGAGCGCACAACUGUCCCCUAUCCCUAGUGGCAUUGGAACUCCUGCUGAGCAUGUCGAGCGACCUCCCGAGAAGGUUAUCAACACUGCCAAGGAUAUGGUUGCUGACAAAGUCAACGAUGAAGACUAGUCUUGUAAAUCUUGCCGUCCGGAUGAGUUCACAUGUUUGGUAAGAGAUGUCUUCUCACCAAGUGACAUUACCACGCUACCAUCAGUGUGGUGCCCCAGGGUUUAACAUGCUGAUCAUGAUGUGUUUCAUGAUCAGGAACUUGGUUUUGACAAGUCUUGUAAAUGAUGGGCGUGUUUGCUUGCUUCUUUCAACAUGCAUCUCGGUUUGCCAGCUCUCAAGUCGACGAAAGAGGCCUUGACUUCAUACAUCGUGGUGAUGGGUUGUUGCUGUAGAAUACUAUGUAGCUACCUUAGUGAUACAUAACGUGAGACGAGCUUACCAUAAGAGAUGGAUACAUAGAUCCUAGCAUAUAGGGUAGCCUCAAUUUCUCCAAUGUGAUAUGACAAGUUUCGGGACUUUAUUUGUCAGAUCGGGACAUGUUCUCGUCGG